AUGUCGACGACUCAAAAUAAUUCAACAACGCCUUCAUCGUCUUCAUCUUCUUCCUCAUCAUCUUCUUCACCCAACAAAUCAACACGAGAGAAGAAAUAUUGUACGGUCCGAGUGGGACAGAAAAUCUUACGAAAUGUCCCCAAAGGAACCAAUUUAAUGGACUUGUUGGUGAAGAACAAGAUUAAUUUUGCCUAUCCGAUGAAGUUUUUUCUCUUUCCAUUGAUAGCAAAGGGAAUAAUUAACUACACAAAACUUCCUCAACUUCAAUCCACAGUUGCUUGUGGUACUUUAACCGGAAAAUACAAAUAUCUUCCAAUUUUGAAUUGUUCUCAAUGCUUGGUCUCUGUCAAGUAUGAUAAGAAGAGUAUUCACAACAAAGAAAGUCCAUUGGACAAGGUAUAUCGAUCCAAUUUAUGGUUGCGAUGGUUUGUACCCAAAGACUACUUUGUGAGAUAUGCAUGCAGAACAAAUGUCGAAGACGAUAUGGAAGUAAUCACUUAUUGCGAUACCAAUACAAAUCAUGCUGGAAAAGUUGUGAUAGGAUUGUACAUAAUGGCGAUUGUUGCCGUCAUUUAUGCUUGUAUCAAGCAUUUGGAUAGUCUUAAGAAUGUUUCGAACAAUUUGUUGCAAUGGUACGAAAAUCGAAAAACACUUCAAAAUUUUGAUGACUGGAUGAAAGAAAUUAGCGAGAAAAAACCUGGCUCAAACCAGUAA